AUGCUGUCCGGGAAGAAGGCGGCGGCUGCGGCGGCCGCGGCGGCCGCGGCGGGCUCGGAGGCGGGCUCGGGGGUAGCGGCAGGCUCGGAGAAUGGCUCCGAGGUGGCCGCGCCGCCCGCGGGCCCGUCGGGCCCGGUGGAGCCCGGGCCGGGGGUGGCGGGAGAGCGCACCCCCCGCAAGAAGGAGCCUCCGCGGGCCUCGCCCCCCGGGGGCCUCGCCGAGCCGCCGGGGUCCGCCGGGCCUCCAGCCGGGCCUACCGUCGUGCCUGGGUCUGCCACCCCCAUGGAGACGGGAAUCGCCGAGACCCCGGAGGGACGACGGACCAGCCGGCGCAAGCGGGCGAAGGUAGAGUACAGAGAGAUGGAUGAAAGCUUGGCCAACCUCUCAGAAGAUGAGUAUUAUUCAGAAGAAGAGAGAAAUGCCAAAGCAGAGAAGGAAAAGAAGCUUCCCCCACCACCUCCUCCAGCCCCACCUGAGGAAGAAAAUGAAAGUGAGCCUGAAGAGCCAUCUGGUGUGGAGGGUGCAGCGUUCCAGAGUAGACUUCCUCAUGACCGGAUGACUUCUCAAGAAGCAGCUUGUUUUCCAGAUAUUAUCAGUGGACCACAGCAGACCCAGAAGGUCUUUCUCUUUAUUAGAAACCGCACAUUGCAGUUGUGGUUGGAUAAUCCCAAGAUUCAGCUGACUUUUGAGGCUACUCUCCAACAAUUAGAAGCACCUUACAACAGUGAUACUGUGCUUGUCCACCGAGUUCACAGUUAUUUAGAGCGUCACGGUCUUAUUAACUUCGGCAUCUAUAAGAGGAUAAAACCCCUACCAACUAAAAAGACAGGAAAAGUAAUUAUUAUAGGCUCUGGAGUCUCAGGCUUGGCGGCAGCUCGUCAGUUACAGAGUUUCGGAAUGGAUGUCACACUUCUGGAAGCUAGGGAUCGUGUAGGUGGACGAGUUGCCACAUUUCGAAAAGGAAACUAUGUAGCUGAUCUUGGAGCUAUGGUAGUAACAGGUCUUGGAGGGAAUCCCAUGGCUGUGGUCAGCAAACAAGUAAAUAUGGAACUGGCCAAGAUCAAGCAAAAAUGCCCACUUUAUGAAGCCAAUGGACAAGCUGUUCCUAAAGAGAAAGAUGAAAUGGUAGAACAAGAGUUUAACCGGUUGCUAGAAGCUACAUCUUACCUUAGUCAUCAACUAGACUUCAAUGUCCUCAAUAAUAAGCCUGUGUCCCUUGGCCAGGCACUGGAAGUUGUUAUUCAGUUACAAGAAAAGCAUGUUAAAGAUGAGCAGAUUGAACAUUGGAAGAAGAUAGUAAAAACUCAGGAGGAAUUAAAAGAACUUCUUAAUAAGAUGGUAAAUUUGAAAGAGAAAAUUAAAGAGCUCCAUCAGCAGUACAAAGAAGCAUCUGAAGUCAAGCCACCCAGAGAUAUCACUGCUGAGUUCUUAGUGAAGAGCAAACACAGGGAUCUGACUGCCCUGUGCAAGGAAUAUGAUGAGUUAGCUGAAACACAGGGAAAACUAGAAGAAAAACUUCAAGAAUUGGAAGCCAAUCCCCCAAGUGAUGUAUACCUCUCAUCAAGAGACAGACAGAUACUUGAUUGGCAUUUUGCAAAUCUUGAAUUUGCUAAUGCCACACCUCUUUCUACGCUCUCCCUUAAACAUUGGGAUCAGGAUGAUGACUUUGAGUUUACUGGCAGCCACCUGACAGUGAGGAAUGGCUACUCCUGUGUGCCUGUGGCGUUGGCAGAAGGUCUAGAUAUUAAACUGAAUACGGCAGUUCGGCAGGUUCGCUACACAGCUUCAGGAUGUGAAGUGAUAGCUGUGAAUACCCGCUCCACCAGCCAGACCUUUAUUUACAAGUGUGAUGCGGUUCUCUGUACCCUCCCCUUGGGUGUGUUGAAGCAGCAGCCACCAGCUGUACAGUUCGUGCCACCUCUUCCCGAGUGGAAAACGUCUGCAGUUCAGAGGAUGGGAUUUGGCAACCUUAACAAGGUGGUGCUGUGUUUUGACCGGGUGUUCUGGGAUCCAAGUGUCAAUCUGUUCGGGCAUGUCGGCAGCACGACUGCCAGCAGGGGUGAGCUCUUCCUCUUCUGGAACCUCUAUAAAGCUCCGAUACUAUUGGCACUAGUCGCAGGAGAAGCUGCUGGCAUUAUGGAAAACAUAAGUGAUGAUGUGAUUGUAGGCCGAUGCCUGGCCAUUCUCAAAGGGAUUUUUGGUAGCAGUGCAGUGCCCCAGCCCAAGGAAACAGUGGUGUCCCGCUGGCGUGCCGAUCCCUGGGCUCGGGGCUCCUAUUCCUAUGUGGCUGCAGGAUCCUCUGGGAAUGACUAUGAUUUAAUGGCUCAGCCAAUCACUCCUGGCCCCUCAAUCCCUGGUGCCCCACAGCCAAUUCCACGACUCUUCUUUGCUGGAGAACACACAAUCCGUAACUACCCAGCCACUGUCCAUGGUGCUCUGCUGAGUGGCCUCCGAGAAGCAGGAAGGAUUGCAGACCAGUUCUUGGGAGCCAUGUAUACCCUACCUCGCCAGGCCACACCAGGUGUCCCCGCACAGCAGUCCCCAAGCCUUUGA